UAGAAGGUCUCAGUUAAAUUAUCCAGGACACAAGCUUUAAAGAACGUUUACGAUGAUUCUGAGGACGUUUACUGGUAUGUCAAUGACAAUACGAGACAUCUCACGGCUCGUACGACUCAAAAGCACUCUGUCCUCUUAUUUUGAUGAGACUGGCAAAACAGGCGUCAUCCUAAAAUCCAUGUCAACAGACAUUUUUGAAAACCUGGCUUUUGAAGAUUGGAUACAUGAUCACGUUAAUUUGCAAAACAGAAGCGUUCUGUUUCUGUGGAGAAAUGCGCCUGCAGUUGUCAUAGGCAGACAUCAAAAUCCCUGGCAGGAAUGCAACCUUGGUUUGAUGAGACGGAUGGGGAUUCCACUCGCGAGACGUCGCAGUGGAGGUGGAACCGUCUUUCAUGAUUUAGGAAACAUCAACAUGACGUUCUUCACGUCGAAGAAAAAGUAUGACCGACACAAAAAUCUCAGUGUUGUUACGGGCGCUCUGAAAGAACUGCGGCCAAAUCUAGAUGUUCAGGCGACAGACAGAUUCGACAUACUGCUUAACGGACAUUAUAAAAUUUCAGGCACCGCAGCAAAAUUGGGGCGGGCGGCUGCGUAUCACCACUGUACAUUGCUUUGCUCGGCUGAUCGGACAACGUUGUCCUCUGUGCUGAAAAGCACGUGUGAGGGAAUAAAAAGUAACGCGACGCCGAGUGUGCCCUCUCCUGUGAAAAACCUCUUGGACGAAGAUCCAACUUUGGAUUCCAACACUAUUAUGGAGGCUAUCGCGUCCCGGUACAAUGUGGAGUUCGGGUUUGACAGCCCAGUUAUCACAAUUGAUCCUAGCAACGAAACACUACUACCUGGUAUUCACAAAAUGACCCACGAACUUCGGUCGUGGGAGUGGGUUUAUGGAAGAACUCCAAAGUUCAGCAUUAGUACAGACUUUGUGGUGGAUGAGAUGUCCGAUAUAAAUGUGACGUUGAACAUUGAAAUCAAGAACGGCAUUGUUGAAAGCUGUCUUCUAGACAUACCUCAUGACUGGCUGCAUCCAGAGACGUUAAAGGAAUUUUGUUCUCUUCUGACAGGCAGCAAAUUCUGUCCAAACGAGACCGCUGUACUUAUUGCCUCCUUCAUGCGAGCAAACCACGAAAGUAAUGAACUUACUACCAAGAUUCAUAAUUUGUUUGAAAAAGUCGUGUCCGUGAUGUGA